AUGAAUAGUUUUUCAAAUUUCGUCAUCAUCUGCUUGCUAAGUGUAAUAAGUUCUACCCAUGUUCACUCAGCUGAGCACUAUCUCUACCAUGUUAAGAACUUUACUAAAGAAUAGCAAGAAAUAAUUGAUGAAGCUAAGGCUAUUGAAAACUACUAUAAAAAUGCUUAAGUAUUCGGCAAAUACGAGAAUCAAUUGCCCUGGCCCUCUGUUAAGUUUCCUUAUAAUGGCGUUGCAAAUGCUACAGUUUUCUAGUUCAAUAAUGUAACUUAGGAGCUUACAACAUAUAAGAACCUAACCUCGAUGAUCUAUAUUGAUUCAGAUGGAAACCGAGGAAUAGUUGAAAUCAAAGUGGAUUUGCCUACAGUGGGCAGUUAAACAAUAGAUUUUUACAUUGAUUACACCAAGGGUGUAGUAGUGAACAGCAUUCAAUCCAUAAGUUAUUGUGUCGAGUAAAAUGUUGGACUCCAGAUAAACCUUAAAGGAAUCAUAGAUGCGAUUUCAGACUAGAACGCGAAUUAUACUCAAUACUUAGGAAAAGUUAAUAUACCCUGGUUCCCUGUAGAAGAAUACCAUCAAUUCCAUAUUUAAGUCGAUACCCCUCAGGGUCUUAAAGGAAUUAUGGCUUUCUUUACUACUGACUCAUAGGAGUUAAGAUGGGUUACUCUAGAUUUAGAUUAUGAAACUAUAAUUGGGUUUGAAAAUGGCAUUGUUGAAAGAAAGUUUACAGACGAUGAUUAUAAAAACAUUCUACGAACUUGUCCAAAUACAUUAGCAUAUGUAUAGACGUAUAAAAAUGAAUAAUUCUUAAAGAAAGCUAUCGAAAAAUUCCUCAAUUAAAAAAUUGAGUGA